AUGUUGUCGACAGAUCGGGACAAUUUCCUUGAAAAAUUUGUAGAUAGAAAGAUUGAUUUCGAUAAACGCUGUUGCAGUGAAUGUUUUCAUCACUACGAUUUAGACAGGGAUGGUUCAUUGAGCCAGACGGAAUUUGAGGGGCUCCUUUCAGACUUGUUUUGUGAUGGAGGACAGUCAUACCCAAUCAGCUCUCAAGUGCUGUCUCAGUUUAUGGAACUUCUUGAUGUAGACAAGGAUGGUAAAAUUAGCAAGAAAGAAUUUAUGGAGAACAGUUAUUAUUGGCUGAAACAGAUCUUACAGCCAGUGUCAGCCCUGGUAAUUGUUGAUGUACAAAAUGACUUCCUUGAUGGAAGUUUGUCACUACGAAACUGCCCUGCUGGACAGGAUGGGAAUGGUGUGAUUCCAGCAAUCAACUCUGUACUGGACACAGUGACCUUUGACCUUGUUGUUUACACACGGGACUGGCACCCUGCAGAUCACAUAUCCUUCAUAGAAAAUGUUGACAAAAGACCUCUACAAACAAACUCCCAUAAAACACAGGUGCCUCCCAAAGUGCUGGACACUGUGGUGUUUGCUGGACCUCCUGUUACGGAGCAGAAGCUGUGGCCGUCCCAUUGUGUUCAGGGGUCAUGGGGUGCAGAAAUCCACUCGGAUCUCAAAUUUGUUGAAGGAGGUGUGAUUGUGGACAAAGGAAUGAGGCCAGAUGUGGACAGUUACUCUGCAUUCUGGGACAACAACAAACUUGCUGAAACAGAUCUAGUCCGAAUCCUGUCCAAACAUAAAGUCACUGAUGUAUACUUGUGUGGUGUAGCAUAUGAUGUAUGUGUAGGUUCUACAGGAGUACAUGCCCUUGAACAUGGCUACAGAACAAUUCUUAUAGAGGAUGCUGCUCGUGGGGUCAACCUUGAUGACAUCAGUAACAUGAGGAAAACUCUACAAGAGAAAGGGGCAGUUAUUACCAACUCGUGUAAGGUUAAGGAUCUGGUGGAAAGCGUGGACAGGCAGGUUGCUCUAGGAUAUCAGACAGCCAAAAAUGUUGCCCUGGCUCGACGUAUGGUGAAGGAAGGAAUGGUGAAGACUACAGAAUGA